UGUUUGCCCCUGCUCAGGGCCGGGCCUGAACGAGAAGCGUAUAAGAAUUAACAGACCAGCGUGGAGUAUAAAGGGAUUGAGUUUUGCUUUCCAGAUUUGGGCUUAUGAAUUAAUUCAUGAAUUGGAAAUGGCUCCCCUGAGAUAUUGUAAGCGGAAGGAUGAAGCUGAAUUAGUGCCUCAGAUUUGCUGGUGGGAAUCUACAGAUAAAAACCCCGAGUUUAGAAAGCUGAACGCGUACAUUUUUCAGAGCAAAGAGCCUCUUUCGUUGCGCCUGCUGCGACCAAGUCUACGAGAGAUGCAGCAAAAUUACUGGAGUUGGGGAUCAGAUUUUCCUGAAGGUGAUGCACCUAAUAUUGGUCCUCAAUUAAGUAAGGACCUUGCUGAAGUAAACCAUGUUGUGCAGCAGUUGAGGGAUGAGAUUGCAUUAUUGCAUCACGAGAAAAGUGAGCAGUGGGAGAAAUUUGUACAUUUCAAGGACUCUACCGCUCAUGGAAUGGAAGUCAUGAGGUUAGAAUUGGUUGCAUUGAGAAAAAUUAUAGGCGAUGGAGGUGGCAAUGUGGUUCCGCCAUCUUUUGUAAAGGUGACCCCAAUGGAAAAAGAUGAUUCUAUAGGUGGAAAUGAGGGUCACGAUCAUCAGCCUGAAAAUGUUGUUGUAAAUGAUAAGGGAGAGCUGGAAUACAUACCCCCUGAGAUAAACUGGGAUGAUCAUGCAUUGGUUUGUCGGACCCUAGUUACAUUUCUUCAAAACCCUUGUCGAAAGAGGAAAAUCUCAAUUGAAGAUGAUGAAGCAGAUGAAGAUAAGAAUGAUGUUGAUGAUGGUGUAACUGUUGUCCAAAAGAAGAAGGUUCGAGGACGGGGUACGACUGUUUAGCCUGCCAUGAAGAGGCCGAAAUCUGUGCUAAGAGAAACUCCAUGGCAAGGGCAGGAGUUUCCCAAUAUUGAGGAUGACACAGUUGGUUUUACUUUUGACCCCCUGAGGCCAAUUCCUCAUGAUUCCCUUCUAAAGAUGGCGAAAUUCUUGUGGGAAUGGGGCCAAGAAAAGGAUUCGCAUGUGAGAUUAUGUGGAGAAGAAGGUGUAGACACUUCACAUGACUUCUUUGUUCGCCUUCUGAGCAAGAAUGGAUGGUUGGAUGACACGAACAUUGACAUGGGAUUGUAUCUGGUACGAGAGCGGCAGAAGAGGUAUCCAAAUUUAGUGGGUUCGGACUGGACGAUAGUCGAUACUCUGUUUCAGAAGUAUGCUGCAAUAGAUUUGAAGCAUAUGCGGCUUUAUGGGGGAAAGGACGACAGGCCCCAUAGUAGAGCUCUAGUGAAAAUGGUUAACGGCGAGCUGCAUAAGUGGAGUAAACCUUGGAUGUCUGUUAAGAAGGUUUUUCUGCCUUACAAUUGUGUAAGGCAGAAGCACUGGGUGACACUCGCUUUAGAUUUAACCACUUGUGAAAUAUUUGUGUACGAUUCCAAAUUAGAUUUGUGCAGAACUCAAACAUUGAUAAAAGCAUUGCAGCCGGUUGCGAAAUUGAUCCCUAUGUUGUUAAAAGAAGCUGGAUAUGUUGGUGGUUGUCCUCUACGAACAACUGAGUGGCCAGUGAAUCGAGUAACUGAUGUUCCCCAACAAGUUGGUGGCUCCAAUGUAAAGUUGGUGCAAUUGUGUGCUGAUGCCAUCCAUUUAUUCCGAUUAAAGCUUGCAAUAGACUUGUUGCAGGGAUGCUGCAGUAUAUAGGUGUGAUUGUGGGUGAUGGAAUUAUUGAACUAUUUCGGUAGAGCUCUAUUUGGGUAGUUCAUGUUUUCAUUUUGUUGGUAAGAAUGGUUUAGGUACUGGAAGAGGAUUCUGUUG